AUGCUAAACGUGAAAACAUCAUCGGAAUAUGUCGGAGGAGGUGGCCGUGGCCGUGACCGGCGAUCCCAUCCGAGUGAAGGAUGUAAAAGACACCCAAAACACAAGCAAUCACCAGGAGUUUGUUCGCUUUGUUUAGCCCAGAAACUGACUCAGUUAUCUACUCAUUCGUCCACACUUGCCUCUUCUUCCUCCUCCUCUUCUUCUUCUUUAUCAUCCUAUUGCUCUUCAUCUUCUUCUUGUUCUUCCUCUCCCUAUUGUGCUCGUCGUUUUACUGCACAUGGAAAAGGGCCUUCCUUUUCCUUUUUACUGUCUAGCGGCAAGAAUUUACUCACUAAGAGCAGAUCAGUUGCUUGUGGUUCAAGGAUGAGGAGCAAAGAAGGCGAUAAGAAGAAGAAAGGUGGCUUCUUGUACAAGUUGCUUUACCGGAGAAACACUAAGACGAAAGAACAAGGUCCAUUAAUGGCGGCGUUUGCUUGA